AGUUUUACUCGGUAUGUUCACUAUCGAAGUGACAGGUAGAGGGUGUGGCAUCUGCGUUGGCAGGUUGGUGCAAGCAGGUGGCCGUAUCUCGGGUGCCUGUCUCAGCGUGUUGAGCGUGUGGGAGAUAUGUGGGGAGACGGGAAGCGGCCGCCAAUACCUUGCUUGGCCAGCCGCCGCUCCUGUCACUGUUGCAUUGCCGCUCGCACCGACAAGAGCUUGGUGCCGUCCGAGCUCGCGUCCGCUGAAUCCAAAGCAUACUAUUUCAAGAGAAUUUAUAUUCUUUAACUUUUUAACCGGUGCCUUUAGCAAGAAAGCGAAGUAACACUACAGGGGAGAAAAAUGGACGGCCAGCGAGAGGCGGCGGAGCAGGUGAGUGUAAUAAAGGAUAUACCUGACGACACUACUGAGGGGCAAGUGCAUGGGGGCGAGGAGGAAAGCACUGAAGGCUGGUCCUGGAGUCCGAUGCAAAGGGUGAAGGUUCAGCCAAGCGGUUACGCCUGGUCAUGGAGCCCAUUCCAGGCUGGCAUGUCUACUCACCAUAUCCAGAGUGGAUGGUCAUGGAGCCCCAUAACAAAUGUUCAACACAAAUAUUAUGGCAGAUGGUCGUGGAGUCCAUCACAAUUGAAAAUCUUGCCGUACGCCACCCAAGAACAAUCUGAUGUUCAGGGACAGCCUUCGUUAACAGACGUAAAUUGCUGGCCUGUUUUUAUCGAUACAUAUCGAUCAAAACGGAAAAGAACAAGGAAAAGAGGAAGGUCUAAGAAAGGUGGGCCUUACAACUAUAAAAGAGAGCGAAGCUGGAAAACUCUGACAUGCGUGACAGGACCAACUCAAGGAACAGAAAAAAAUUCAUUGCUGUCAACAGAAGAAAUCAUCAACAGAUCACAAGCUUCAGAAAAUACAAAACAGUGGAAUUCUUACUCAUGUGUCUCUGAAACGACGUUCUCAACUUCCCAAACACAAAGGGGCUCAAAUAUUUGGUCCCAAAGAGAAAUCAACAGUCCUUGCCUUAGGAAUACUGGUGUUGAUGGAGUGCGCGCAAGGAGUGCGUCUCCAGCUCCGGAAUCAAAAACAGAAAGAAACAUCAAAUCCAGCUUGCAGAAUAGUAAUGAAAUGUCAUCAAAAAGUUCCCUACCUGUGUCAGAAACCAGUAAAAUGAAAGAAUAUCCUGGAAAAUGGCAAAAAAGUGUAACUGAAACGCAGAAAGAGAAUGAAGAACAAACUUUAUUAUCCAUGUAUCAAGUGGAUGAUGAAGUAAAACUGAUAAAUAAUCCUUCUCUCGUGUAUGAACGGGGUAAAUCAGAGGGAAUACAAAACAAAAUGAAUAUGUCAGUCUCCAAAAUGGACGAAAAAAGUGGAACGCUUUGGAAAAAUUCACUGCCGCUAUCUGAAGAUAAAAUGAGUGAGGUAGACACAACCAGUUCAUCAGUGUGUGAUGCUGAUCAAACAGAAAAGCUGCAAGCAAGUUCUUCAGAAAUUGAUAAAGUAAACAACUUGCUUGGAACUUUGUCAUCUCAAUCAAAAUUUGCUGCAGCGGACGUCAGUACAGUACAGGUAAAUGAAUCAUCUUUACCACGUGAUCCUGUUGAAAUUAUCGAAAUGCAUGACAAAAGCUUAUACCAUAAGUUGACCCCUGCAUUAGAUGAGGCAUUACAAACAAACAAUCAGACAUCAGAGUUUGAAGUGAGGAAAAUUCUUGAAAUGGAUAAAAAGAGCCAAGCACACGAGUCUGAAAUGGGAGGGUUUGAGAAAACUAGAUCUUCAUUACCUGAAAUGGGAAAAAGAAAUGUACCACAACCACAAAAUUUAUCUCCAGCAUAUGAAACAGAUGAAAAGAAUUCAUCUAUAAUUGACGGAAAUAAUUUUUUUACCACAAGGAGAGACAUAAUUAAUAACAAGAAAAAAGAACUUUUGUUUUUAGAUGAUGGGGCUGCUGGAGAAGAAAACCACAGCCUCUCUCUGGCACCUACAAUGAAUAAUACUUCACGGCAGAUAUGCAAGUCACGCAGCCCAUCUCCAGUGGACAAGCUAAUCAGCGGGGGACUUAAGUAUUCCCUCUCUUUUGAAUUGCUGGACGCGCCAGGAGGCAUAGCCAUAAGCAACGACAGUCCUAGGAUAUGUAAGGAGGUGCAAUCUUCCACAACUGACUUGUCUGAUGAUUUCUCUCCUCAAGACUCAACAUUAAUGUCUCCUAAUGAGAAGAAUACCAAUCAGGUGUAUUCCAAUGAUUCGUAUCCUGGGAGCUUCUCCUCUGUUGUGAACUGUGUUAACUUAAAACACAGGACAUCACUGUUGUAUGAAAAAAAUUCUUCAACCGCUUUUUCUGGAUGUCCUUCAUUGAAACAAGAUUCAAUAGUCGAUGGCGCACUGGAGAAUAUCAGUAUGAAAUCAUGUCAAGCAAAAGAGCUCGCAGAUGCUAUGAUACACUGUGAUAAUGAAUCAAGUCAUUCACUUAUUCAGGAAAGCAAGUGUUUGGAAAAUUCUAUAGAUAAUGAAAAAAAUGAGAAUGAGAAGAAACAAAAUAUUUUAUCAGUUAGCAAAAAGGCCAGUGAACCCCAAUCUACCCUGACAAGGACACGAACACUCACCCUUCCAUAUACUAAGACUGAAAAAUUCAGCAGUGUGUCUAUAAGUGGUACUAAAUCUGUGACUCCAGUAUAUGAGAGAUUCGAAUACAGAAAAAAUGAAGACUGCAAGUCACUUGUUGAAGAGCUUGAAUUAAUUUCCAAGAAAAGCAGUUCUUCAUCAGCAAGUAAUGAAAAAAACAUAAGUGUCUUGCAGAAAGAUCUUCCUUUGCCAUCAAGAUCUAUAGAUAUUUGUCAUGUGAAGUCCCAUCACGGUGUCUUGGUAAAUAAGGACAGUUGCUCAGAUUUAGAAGCUGACACCUCAGAAACAACUUCACUCUUGCAGAAGAAUAUGGCAUCAACCUUGGAUUCAGAUAUGAUCACUGCAGAGACAGAGAGACUCUCUCUGACUCCUCAGAAUGAAGUAAAAUGUUCUGCAAUGGAAUUUAUGUCCACAGAACCAAAGAGUCCAUCCACAACCAAUGGACUUUCAACUCGUGGAUCAAAGAGUUUGUCUCCUACUAAGAAACCUUCACCUUGUAAGUCUAGGAGUCCAUCCCCUGCUGAAGGAUCUAUACCUUGUGAAUCAAGAAGUUCAUUCCCUGCCGAAGGAUGUUCACCUCGGCAGUCUAAGAGUCCGUCCCUGACCAAGGGAGUUUCACCCAAGGGAUCCAGAAAUUCAUGCCCUGCUGAAGGACCUUUACUUCAGGGAACCAAGAAAUCAUCCCUUGCUGAGAUACUUUCGGUAGCAGUACCCAGUUCAUCUCUUACUGAGGGAUCUUCACUUUGUGAAUCGGAGAGUUCAUCCUUUGUCAUGGCAUCUUCACCUCGGAGAUCCAGGAGUCCAUCACCUAUCGAGGGAUCUUCACCAUGGAGAUCCAGGAGCCCAUUUGCCGAGGGAUCUUUACUUUGGAAAUCCAGGAGUUCAUCCCUUGCUAAAGCCCUUUCACCUCGGAGGUCCAGGAGCCCAUCCCCUGCCAAGGUGAUUUCACCUCGGGGAUCUAGGAGGCCAUUCCUUGCAGAGAGACUUUCACUUCAAGGAUCCAGAAGUCCAAUCCCUGCUGAGGGGCUUUCACUUUGGGGAUUCAGGAAUCCAUUCCAUGGUAAAGGACUUUCGCCUCAGGAAUCCAAGAGUUCAUGCACUGUUAAGGGAUUCUCACUGUCCUCUGGUGAGGGACCAACACCUCAUGGAUCAAAAAGUCCAUCCCCCACAAAGGAAUCUUCACCUAGGGAAUCUAGGAGUCCAUCCCCUGCCAAGGAAUCUUCACCUAGGGAAUCUAGGAGUCCAUCCCCUGCCAAGGAAUCUUCACUUAGGGAAUCUAGGAGUCCAUCCCCUGCCAAGGAAUCUUCACCUAGGGAAUCUAGGAGUCCAUCCCCUGCCAAGGAAUCUUCACUUAGGGAAUCUAGGAGUCCAUCCCCUGCCAAGGAAUCUUCAUCCAAGGAAUCUAGAAGUCCAUCCCCUGCCAAGGAAUCUUCACCUAGGGAAUCUAGGAGUCCAUCCCCUGCCAAGGAAUCUUCACCUAGGGAAUCUAGGAGUCCAUCCCCUGCCAAGGAAUCUUCACUUAGGGAAUCUAGGAGUCCAUCCCCUGCCAAGGAAUCUUCACCUAGGGAAUCUAGGAGUCCAUCCCCUGCCAAGGAAUCUUCACUUAGGGAAUCUAGGAGUCCAUCCCCUGCCAAGGAAUCUUCACCCAAGGAAUCUAGAAGUCCAUCCCCUGCCAAGGAAUCUUCACCUAGGGAAUCUAGGAGUCCAUCCCCUGCCAAGGAAUCUUCACCUAGGGAAUCUAGGAGUCCAUCCCCUGCCAAGGAAUCUUCACCCAGGGAAUCUAGAAGUCCAUCCCCUGCCAAGGAAUCUUCACCUAGGGAAUCUAGGAGUCCAUCCCCUGCCAAGGAAUCUUCACCCAAGGAAUCUAGAAGUCCGACCGCUGCUAAGGAAUCUUCACCAAGGGAAUCUAGGAAUCCGACCCCUGCCAAGGAAUCUUCACCUAGGGAAUCUAGAAGUCCAUCCCCUGCCAAGGAAUCUUUACCUAGGGAAUCAAGGAGUCCAUCCCCUGCCAAGGAAUCUUCACCUAGGGAAUCUAGGAGUCCAUCCCCUGCCAAGGAAUCUUUACCUAGGGAAUCAAGGAGUCCAUCCCUUGCCAAAGAAUCUUCACCCAGGGAAUCUAGGAGUCCAUCCCCUGCCAAGGAAUCUUUACCUAGGGAAUCAAGGAGUCCAUCCCUUGCCAAAGAAUCUUCACCUAGGGAAUCUAGGAGUUCAUCCCCUGCCAAAGAAUCUUCACCUAUAGAAUCUGGGGAUCCAUCCCUUGCCACAGAAUCUUCCCCUAUGGAACCUAGGAGUCCAUCCCCGGUCGAGGGAUUUUCACCUAGGGGAUCUAGGAGUCCAUCCUCUGCUGAGGGGCUUUCACCAUGGGGAUCCAGGAAUCCAUCUCUUGCUGAGGUACUUUCACCUUUGGGAUCUAAGAGUCCACUCCCUGGCAAAGGAGUUUCAGAUGGAGUAUCCAGAAGUUCAUCCCCUGUUGAGGGAUCCACACUUCGUGGAUCAGAGAAUCCAUCUCCUGGCAAGGGAUCUUCACUUCGGGAAUCCAAGAGUCCAUCCCUCUUCAAAGGAUUUUCACAUAAAAGGUACAUGAGUACAACGCCAGCUGAAGGACCUUCACCUCAGGGAUCAAGGAGUUCAUCCCCUGCUGGGAGACUUUCACUAAGAGUAUCCAGAAGUUUAUCCUCUACUGAUGGACAUAAACCUCAUGAGUCAAAAAGUCCAUCCCCUGUUGAGGAAUUUUCAGCUCGGGGAUCCAAGAGUUCAUCCCUUGACGAGGAGCUUUCACCUCAGAGGUCCAGGAGUCCCUCCCCUAACAAAGGACCUUCGUUAGCAGUAUCUAGGAGUUUAUCCCCUACUGAGGGACCUUCAUUAAUAGGACCUGGGAAUUCAUAUUUGCCUGACUUCAAAAGUCUCCAGUUGGUAGGCGACAGGGCUGUCACAUUGCAUUCUAAAGUCGAAGCUAGUGAUGUCUGGCAUAAUAUAUCAUCUUGUCGAUAUUUUCACCCAAAUGAGAAGACACAAGCACCACCUCCUCUAAGUGAAACAGUGAAUAUACAAGUACAUAUAGCAUGUCAUAGCAAGCCAUGCAGUGGGGCAGAAGGUGGCUUCCAGAAACUUAUCACUACUGCUGCACCAUCAGGUGUAAAGAGAAAACAUAGUGCAUGUUCGGCAGAGGAAGCAACUAUUUAUAAUUUCCAACAACGGAAAAAAAUCGCAUCUGAUCCAACAGAAACUCUAAAUGCUAUAUUAAGAAAAAUCCAUGGAGGAUCAAUUCCAGAAUCCUCAACUUCACACACAACUGUAUGUCGCAAGAGUGUGGUCACUCGCGCUGUGACAAGAAGAUUGGCCCAUCGCUCACCAAACCAUGAUCUGCAUCAUGUGGCUAGUGCAAGGAUGGAAAUAUUUGAGGCAGUAGAGUCAGGAGAUUUCGAGAAGGUGCGGGAGUUAAUGCAAGACACUGGGCCCGCAGUCAGGCGAAAAGACACUCAUUGUACACUCCUCCAUGAAGCAGUGAACCACCGAGAAGUGGACAUGGUGCUUUUUUUCCUCAAGUAUAUAAACCCCAAUGUGGUGAGCAGGGAAGGCAGUACACCAGCGCACUUGGCGGCCAGGAAAGGUCAUACUCAGAUUCUCAGGCUUUUGUUGGCUGAUCCUGAAAUGGAUCCUAACAAACGUGACCACUUUAACAACACCUACAAAAAUUGGCUGACACUCCCGCUACUGGAAGCAGUGCUAGGGGACAGCCGCGCAAGAGUCCAGGAAUUACUUCGUCUUGGCGCUGACCCAGACCACUCUGCAGAACAUCCAGAGGAUGGGUUUGCAGACAAGAACAUGAAAAUCACCACCGCGCGUCAGUUAGCACAUACAUUGCAACGAGAUAAUUUACUACCCUUAUUUAAAAGAAAAUCUGCUGAAGAUGAUCCUAAAAGUGUGGAGGAUGACGAUGUGGGAAUGGCACUGCGAGGACUGCUGUUUCCAAAGAAAAACAAUGGCAUGGAUAAUGAAAUCACGCAAUUGGAAGAUACAUCCCUAGCAAUAGCUCGCGGGCCAGACGUGUACAGGAUGGACGCAGCUCCCAGGGGCUACGUCUGCAUCCUCAGCUAUGGCUCCUUCCACGACCGUCCGGACCUCCACCUGGAAGGCUCGCAGACUGACGCCCACAAUCUGGCUAAUACAUUCAGUAAGAUGGGCUACAGAGGUCAUGCCCACUUCUCCCUCACGGCUGGCCAAACACGGCAGCAACUGGCCAAGGUCCGGGACAUGGAGUUGCUGGAAAGAGCUGGAUGUGCUGUAUUCAUUAUUUCCAGCCAUGGAGAACCUCGUCGACACUUCCUUACCAGCGAUAUGCAGACCAUUGACAUUCAGUGGGUGUUGGACUUCUUUAAGGACUCUCAGUGCCCUUAUUUGAAGAACAAACCCAAGCUGUUCAUCUGGGACUUGUGUCGAGGACAUCAGGAGCAAGAAUGCGGCCGAGGAAAGACUCAUGGAGAGCUGUGUGGCCGAGUGGAUGAGCCGCUGCGGGACGUGAUGUGCCUCGACUCAAGUAGUGGAGGCUUCACCUGGCACGCCUUCUCCGAGGAGGGCACUCCCUUCAUUGGGGCGCUUUGCAGCGUUUUGGCGCGCCAUGCUGCCACCAAGGAGCUGUCAGAGCUGUAUCGGGAAUUUUUGAAGGAGUAUGCCACCGCGGCUCCAGAUGCAGUUCCACAGCUCACUAAUUAUGGCUUCAAUAAGAAGUUCUACUUUAACUAAAACAAUUAAAGUACUUCGUCAUAGUUUUCUUGACUGCACUAACAUGUCAUACAGAUUUUUAUAUUUUCUGAUUGAAAUUUUAACAUGUAGGUAAUUGUUUUUUAUGAUUAUGUGCCGCUGUUUACAAACGUAUUACAGAGCUGUUUUACGAUUCAUAUAACCAUAAUGAUCCAUAUUUGUGCCUACUGUGUGCAGUGCUUCUUUACACUAUGUAAUGAUACAACUUAUGUCUCAUAAGUUGAGAUAUGUUGUGUAAGCUAUGUCAAGAGAUAUAAAAUGUUAUUAAUCAUCACUAUAGAAAAUAUAUGUAAGCAUUACUGACUUA